CCCCGACCCCCCUCCGCCGCCGAGGCCCCAGCGGCCCCCGCGCUGCGAGGCGCGGGCGCUCGGACGCAGGGGGAGUUGUUUGAUUUGGCGGAGGCGGGGAAGCCGGCGGGGAGCGAGUGAGGGAGGCACGAGAGCCGGGCAGCGCGGAGCUUCGGGCUCCCGGGGAGGGUCCCCGCACGCGGCAGCUGCCCCAGGCGGGGGCGAGGCGGCCGCGGGCGCCGGGGAUGCCCGGAGGGGCCGGGGGCGGAGAGGACGUCUCCGGGCAGGACGGCGCAACCUGCCCGGCGCGCGGGCAGGUGCUUCGGCGCCCUCCCCCCUCCCUUUUUUUCCCCUUUUCCUCUUCCCCUUCCUUCCUCGCCCUGAAGUAAGAUGAGCGUGAUGCUGUGGCGCUGGGACCAGAAUAACACCACCAUGAAGCUGAUCUACACGGACUGGGCCAAUCAUUAUCUAGCCAAGUCAGGCCACAAACGUCUCAUCAAGGAUCUCCAGCAAGAUGUGACAGACGGCGUCCUCCUGGCCCAGAUUAUCCAGGUUGUGGCAAACGAAAAGAUUGAAGACAUCAAUGGCUGUCCGAAGAACAGAUCGCAAAUGAUUGAAAACAUAGAUGCCUGCUUGAAUUUCCUGGCAGCUAAGGGAAUAAACAUCCAGGGGCUGUCGGCGGAAGAAAUCAGGAAUGGAAACCUCAAGGCCAUUCUAGGCCUCUUCUUCAGCCUCUCCCGGUACAAACAGCAGCAGCAGCAGCCCCAGCCCCAGAAGCCGCACCUCCCCUCGCCGCUGCCGCCCGCCGUGUCCCAGGCGGCCGGGGCUCCCUCCCAGUGCCAGGCUGGCACUCCUCAAGCCCUGUGCCAGCCUCACCAGCCAGCACCACAUCAGCAGUCAAAAGCACAAGCGGAGAUGCAGUCCAGACUUCCAGGUCCUACCGCGAGGAUAUCCGCUGCAGGCAGCGAGGCCAAAACACGCGGAGGAUCAGCCACUGCUAACAACCGACGGAGCCAGAGCUUUAACAACUAUGACAAGUCCAAACCGGUCACUUCCCCACCCCCGCCCCCAGCACCCAGCAGCCACGAGAAAGAGCCGUUGGCGAGCCCCGCCUCCUCUCACCCCGGAAUGAGCGAAGAUGCACCUGCCGCUUUGGAGGGCAGCGGCUUCGGCCCUGCUAGUGGCGGUGCCUCCUCGGCCAUCCCCCAGCCCGGCGCGGCUGCCAAGCCCUGGCGCAGCAAGUCGGUCAGCGUGAAGCACAGCGCCACGGCCGCCACGCUCUCAGUCAAGCCGCCGCCAUCCGAGGCCCCCAGGCCCGCCCCCGAAGCCAUGAAGCCAGCCCCCAACAAUCAGAGGUCCAUGCUGGAAAAACUGAAACUUUUCAAUAGCAAGGGGGCAUCCAAGGCGGGCGAGGGCCCAGGGUCCCGGGACACGAGCUGCGAACGGCUGGAGAUUCUGCCCAGCUUUGAAGAGAGCGAAGAGAUGGAAGCUGGUGGCCGCCCGCUGUCCGCGGCGGGCCCCACCUCCAACAGCCCCAAGAUUGCGCUCAAGGGCAUCGCCCAGAGAACGUUCAGCCGGGCGCUGACCAACAAGAAAAGUUCUCCAAAAGGCAGCGAGAAGGAAAAGGAGAAGCAACAGCGGGAGAAGGAAAAGGAGAAAAGCAAGGACCUCGCCAAGCGAGCCUCAGUGACGGAGAGGCCAGACCCAAAAGAGGGGCCAAGGGAAGACUCCAGUGGGGCAGCUGUGACCGAGAUGCCAAAAAAGUCCUCCAAGAUCGCCAGCUUCAUCCCCAAAGGGGGGAAGCUCAACAGUGCCAAGAAGGAGGCAGCGGCCCCUUCCCACAGUGGAAUACCAAAACCAGGGAUGAAGAGCAUGCCUGGAAAGUCCCCAAGUGCCCCUGCGCCUUCCCGGGAGGGGGAGCGCAGCCGGGGUGGGAAGCCCAGCUCGGGGCUCCCCCAGCAGAAGCCCCAGCUGGACGGCAGGCACUCCAGUUCCUCCUCCAGCCUGGCAUCCUCGGAAGGAAAAGGCCCAGGAGGGACCACCCUGAACCACAGCAUCAGCAGCCAGACUGUCAGUGGGUCCGUCGGGACCACCCAGACCACAGGAAGCAAUACUGUCAGUGUCCAGCUACCUCAGCCCCAGCAGCAAUACAGCCACCCCAACACUGCCACGGUGGCGCCUUUCCUGUACAGGUCCCAGACAGACACCGAAGGGAAUGUCACUGCCGAGUCCAGCUCAGGGGGUGUGACCGUGGAGCCCAGCCACUACACCAAGAGUGGACAGCCUGCUCUGGAGGAACUCACUGGGGAGGACCCCGAGGCUCGGCGACUUCGGACGGUGAAGAACAUCGCUGACCUGCGGCAGAAUUUGGAGGAGACCAUGUCCAGUUUGCGAGGCACUCAGGUUACACACAGCACAUUGGAAACCACGUUUGACACCAACGUCACCACGGAGAUAAGCGGGCGCAGCAUCCUCAGCCUGACAGGCAGGCCCACUCCCCUGUCCUGGAGGCUCGGCCAGUCCAGCCCUCGGCUCCAGGCGGGAGACGCCCCCUCCAUGGGCAAUGGGUACCCGCCGCGGGCCAACGCCAGCCGCUUCAUCAACGCCGAGUCCGGCCGCUACGUGUACUCUGCCCCCCUGCGGAGGCAGCUGGCCUCCAGGGGCAGCAGCGUCUGCCACGUGGAUGUCUCGGACAAGGCGGGAGACGAGCUGGACCUGGAGAGCAUCGGCGUGGACGCCCCUGGCUACAUGAGCGACGGGGACGUUCUGAGCAAGAACAUCCGGGCAGACGACAUCACGAGCGGGUACAUGACUGAUGGUGGACUUGGCCUUUACACCCGCCGCCUGAACCGGCUCCCUGAUGGGAUGGCUGUGGUGCGGGAGACCCUGCAAAGAAACACCUCCCUGGGCCUCGGAGAUGCUGACAGCUGGGAUGACAGCAGCUCCGUCAGCAGCGGGAUCAGUGACACCAUUGACAACUUGAGCACGGAUGACAUCAACACCAGCUCUUCCAUCAGCUCCUAUGCCAACACGCCUGCCUCCUCGCGCAAGAACCUGGAUGUACAGACUGACGCCGAGAAGCACUCGCAGGUGGAGAGGAAUUCCCUGUGGUCGGGCGAUGAUGUCAAGAAGUCAGACGGAGGGUCAGACAGCGGCAUAAAGAUGGAGCCGGGGUCCAAGUGGAGGCGGAAUCCCUCUGACGUGUCUGACGAGUCCGACAAAAGUACGUCAGGCAAGAAGAACCCCGUCAUCUCGCAGACGGGCUCGUGGCGGCGGGGCAUGACAGCUCAGGUGGGCAUCACCAUGCCAAGGACGAAGCCGGCGGCCCCGGCAGGCACACUCAAGACCCCGGGAACUGGAAAAACCGACGAUGCUAAGGUGUCUGAGAAAGGAAGGCUGUCGCCUAAAGCCUCCCAGGUGAAGCGCUCCCCAUCUGAUGCCGGCCGCAGCAGUGGUGACGAAUCUAAGAAGCCCCUCCCUAGCAGCUCUAGGACGCCCACCGCCAACACCAACAGCUUUGGGUUCAAGAAGCAGAGUGGCUCCGCCGCUGGCCUGGCCAUGAUCACAGCCAGCGGUGCCACCGUCACCAGCAGGUCAGCCACACUGGGCAAAAUCCCAAAGUCGUCUGCACUCGUUGGUCGGUCCACCGGUCGGAAGACAAGCAUGGAUGGGGCUCAGAAUCAGGACGAUGGGUAUCUGUCUCUCAGUGCCCGGACAAACUUGCAGUACCGAAGUUUGCCAAGGCCCAGUAAGUCCACCAGCCGGAACGGGGCUGGGAACAGGUCUAGUACCAGCAGCAUCGAUUCCAACAUCAGCAGCAAGUCAGCAGGUCUGCCGGUGCCCAAGCUGAGGGAACCUUCCAAAACAGCGCUAGGCAGCUCUCUGCCCGGUCUGGUCAACCAGACUGAUAAGGAGAAAGGCAUCUCAUCCGACAAUGAGAGUGUGGCUUCCUGUAACUCAGUGAAGGUGACCCCAGCAGCCCAGCCGGUGUCCAGCGCAGCUCAGGCCACUCUCCAGCCAGGGGCCAAGUACCCUGAUGUGGCCUCUCCCACGCUUCGCAGACUCUUUGGUGGGAAGCCUGCCAAGCAAGUGCCCAUCGCCACAGCCGAAAACAUGAAAAACUCAGUGGUCAUCUCCAACCCUCAUGCCACCUUGAGCCAGCCAGGUAACUUAGAGUCCCCCUCGGGCAGCGGCGUCCUGAGCAGCGGGAGCAGCAGCCCUCUCUACAGUAAGAAUGUGGACAGCACCCAGUCCCCUCUAGCCUCCAGCCCCAGUUCCGCCCACUCGGGCCCCUCCAACAGCCUCACCUGGGGCACCAACGCCAGCAGCUCCUCGGCCGUCAGCAAGGAUGGCCUGGGCUUCCAGUCGGUCAGCAGCCUCCACACCAGCUGCGAGUCCAUUGACAUCUCCCUUGGCAGCGGAGGGGCACUGAGUCACAACUCCUCCACCGGCCUCCUCGCCUCCUCCAAGGACGACGCCCUUACCCCCUUUGUCAGAACCAACAGUGUGAAGACCACACUGUCCGAAAGCCCUCUCUCUUCCCCUGCCGCUAGCCCUAAGUUCUGCAGAAGUACUCUGCCCAGGAAACAGGACAGUGACCCGCACCUUGAUAGGAAUACUUUGCCUAAAAAAGGACUCAGGUAUACCCCCACCUCCCAGCUUCGCACUCAAGAAGACGCGAAAGAAUGGUUACGGUCCCGCUCUGCAGGAGGCCUGCAGGACACUGCCGCCAAUUCUCCCUUCUCCUCUGGCUCCAGUGUAACUUCUCCCUCCGGAACAAGAUUCAACUUUUCUCAGCUCGCGAGUCCCACCACCGUCACCCAGAUGAGCUUGUCCAACCCAACCAUGCUGAGGACCCACAGCCUCUCCAAUGCCGACGGGCAGUAUGACCCGUAUACGGACAGCCGCUUCCGGAAUAGCUCCAUGUCCCUGGAUGAGAAGAGCAGAACCAUGAGCCGCUCGGGCUCAUUCCGGGAUGGGUUUGAAGAAGUUCAUGGAUCUUCACUCUCCUUGGUUUCCAGCACGUCGUCAAUUUAUUCUACACCAGAAGAAAAAUGCCAGUCGGAGAUUCGCAAACUCCGGCGGGAGCUGGAUGCCUCCCAGGAAAAGGUUUCAGCUUUGACCACCCAGCUAACAGCAAAUGCUCACCUUGUGGCAGCCUUUGAACAGAGUCUUGGAAACAUGACCAUCCGGCUCCAGAGCUUAACCAUGACGGCGGAGCAGAAGGAUUCAGAACUGAAUGAGUUAAGAAAAACCAUUGAGCUGCUGAAGAAACAGAACGCAGCUGCCCAGGCUGCCAUUAAUGGCGUAAUUAACACCCCAGAGCUCAACUGCAAAGGAAACAGCACCUCCCAGCCCGCAGACCUCCGCAUCCGCCGACAGCACUCCUCCGACAGCGUGUCCAGCAUCAACAGCGCCACCAGCCACUCCAGUGUGGGUAGCAACAUAGAGAGUGAUUCAAAGAAGAAGAAGAGAAAGAAUUGGUUACGCAGCUCCUUCAAGCAAGCCUUUGGGAAGAAGAAGUCCCCCAAGUCGGCCUCCUCACAUUCAGACAUUGAAGAGAUGACGGAUUCUUCUCUGCCCUCCUCGCCAAAGCUGCCCCACAAUGGUUCCACGGGCUCCACACCCCUGCUGAGGAACUCUCACUCCAGUUCUCUCAUCUCGGAGUGCAUGGACAGCGAAGCCGAGACGGUCAUGCAGCUCCGAAACGAGCUGAGAGACAAGGAGAUGAAGCUGACCGACAUCCGCCUAGAAGCCCUCAGCUCUGCACACCAGCUCGACCAGCUCCGCGAGGCCAUGAACAGGAUGCAGAGUGAAAUAGAGAAGCUGAAAGCUGAGAAUGACCGGCUGAAGUCGGAGUCUCAAGGCAGCGGCUGCAGCCGGGCGCCCUCACAGGUGUCCCUCUCCGCCUCCCCGAGGCAGUCCAUGGGGUUGUCCCAGCACAGCCUGAACCUCGCUGAGUCCAGCAGCCUGGACAUGUUGCUGGAUGACACUGGUGAAUGCUCGGCUCGGAAGGAAGGAGGCAGGCAUGUUAAGAUAGUUGUCAGCUUUCAGGAGGAAAUGAAGUGGAAGGAGGAUUCCAGACCACACCUCUUUCUCAUUGGCUGCAUUGGCGUUAGUGGCAAGACGAAGUGGGAUGUGCUCGAUGGGGUGGUUAGACGGCUGUUCAAAGAGUACAUUGUUCACGUCGACCCAGUGAGUCAGCUGGGGCUGAAUUCCGAUAGCGUCCUCGGCUACAGCAUUGGGGAGAUCAGGCGUAGCAGCACCUCUGAGACCCCCGAGCUUCUCCCCUGUGGCUACCUGGUCGGGGAGAACACAACCAUCUCAGUGGCCGUCAAAGGGCUCGCAGAAAACAGCCUGGACUCACUGGUGUUCGAGUCCCUGAUCCCCAAGCCCAUCCUGCAGCGCUAUGUCUCCCUGCUUGUGGAGCACCGGCGGAUCAUCCUCUCUGGGCCCAGCGGCACUGGCAAGACCUACCUGGCCAAUCGGCUCUCAGAGUACCUGGUGCUCCGGGAGGGACGAGAGCUGACAGAUGGGGUUAUUGCCACCUUCAAUGUGGACCACAAGUCCAGCAAGGAAUUGCGCCAGUACCUGUCCAACCUUGCUGACCAGUGUGCCAGCGAGAACAAUGCUGUGGACAUGCCUCUUGUCAUCAUCCUGGACAACCUGCAUCACGUCAGCUCCCUGGGUGAGAUCUUCAAUGGGCUGCUCAACUGCAAGGACCACAAAUGCCCUUACAUAAUUGGCACAAUGAACCAGGCUACCUCUUCUACUCCCAACUUGCAGCUUCAUCACAACUUCAGGUGGGUGCUUUGUGCCAACCACACGGAGCCCGUGAAGGGUUUCCUGGGCCGGUUCCUGAGGCGGAAGCUCAUGGAGACAGAGAUCAGCGGGCGGGUACGGAAUGUGGAGCUGGUGAAAAUCAUCGACUGGAUUCCCAAGGUCUGGCAUCACCUCAACCGCUUCCUGGAGGCUCAUAGCUCCUCCGACGUCACCAUAGGUCCCCGGCUCUUCCUGUCAUGCCCCAUCGACGUGGAUGGUUCCAGGGUGUGGUUCACUGACCUAUGGAACUACUCAAUCAUCCCCUAUCUCCUGGAAGCCGUCAGAGAAGGACUGCAGCUCUAUGGAAGGCGGGCCCCCUGGGAGGACCCCGCCAAGUGGGUGAUGGACACCUACCCUUGGGCGGCCAGCCCACAGCAGCACGAGUGGCCUCCCCUCCUGCAGCUCCGGCCCGAGGAUGUCGGCUUCGACGGCUACUCCAUGCCUCGGGAGGGGUCAACCAGCAAGCAGAUGCCCCCCAGUGACGCUGAAGGAGACCCGCUGAUGAACAUGCUGAUGAGGCUACAGGAAGCAGCCAACUAUUCCAGCCCCCAGAGCUACGACAGCGACUCCAACAGCAACAGCCGUCACGACGACAUCCUGGACUCAUCCCUGGAGUCGACUCUGUGACAGGGGCCGGGCCACGGCGCCCGCCCUCCUCCCCACUCCACCCUCCCACCCUCUCCACCUGCAUCCUCUGCACCAUCCUGAAGAUGCCCUCCUGAGCCAGCCCCUGGCCGCGGCGUGAGCGCUGCAGGAAGACCCAGCCCCCCUCGUCCUCCAGCCCUGACCUGGGUGCGGGCAUCCCGGGCCAGCCGCCUCGGCCCACUCCCUUCCUCAGUGAGAACUGCACUAGCUUCUGUUUUAAUUAUUGUUUUGCCUUGUUGCUGUGACCUCCCUAAGACACUGAAAGAUACUUCUCGGGAAAGGAUCAUCACCGUUGAAAUAAAAGGGUGGAAAAAAAAAAAAAAAGAAAGAAAGAAACCCACUUGAAGCUCCAAAGCCAAACAGCAUCCUGUCCAGAGACAGAAGAGACUAGGGCAAAGUUGGGAACGGAAACCACACGGCUUCCCUGGAGCACAGCUUCCUGCAGCCCAGGUCUUACAGCCUCCACCCCAUGUCCCACCAAUGCCCCCCGACCCCAUCAGCCACACGGAGAUCUGGUGCGAGCGGGGGCCCAGAGCUGCAUCCCAUGGAAGCCUUAGGAAAACCCGCGCUUUCUCUUUUGUUUUUUAAAUGGUGCUCUCCUUCCCGAGCGGUACCUUGCCUAUUCCGGUUCACCCCCACCUUUCAGAUGCAUCAGCCUCCGGUUCAUCCAUGAGCGAGAGUGAAGGAGUGAGAAUGUGACCAAGCAGAAGUCGCUGUCAUGGCAGAACAGCACGUGUCUGCGUCCCUCUCGUGUGUAAGCCAAUCCGGUCUUGUUCCUGCUCUAACACUGUGUCCAGUGAGAACUGGUCUACUUGGACGAACUGAUCACCCCUUUGAAAAUGAGGUUGAGUUUCUCCUCUUCUGACUUUUGAUUUUGAAGAUUUUUUUUCUCCCUCCCCUCUGCCUCCCCUCAUGGUCAGAAACCCAUCCUUUGGUGAACGCGAGAGCCGCAGGAGUUGGGUUUGGGUUCGGUCCUGCUGAGUUUUCAUUUUCAAUUGCCCAUCCUCCCCGUUCUGCACACACGCCGCCUCCUGCUGGGGCUGGGGUCACUGCGUCCCUGGCUGUUGGACCAGGACCCCCUAUCCUCCGCCGGUGGGCGAGCGGGACCUUGCCUUUCCUCCUCGUCCCCAAGGCCGCAGGACACACGUCGCCACCUCCAGCGUGCCAGCCCCGACCUCAGGUGGGGUGUGAGGUCACCUCGCAAAACACUUGCACUUUCCCCAGAACCCACACGACGUCAUCCAAGUCGACGGGCGAGGCGGCCGCUCCCUUCCAGAAGCCCCGGCCUCCGUCGGACGAGUCGUGCCUGACCUCUUCGGUGCUGACCUUCCCAACGCGAUGCCUUACUGGUUUUGUACUCACCGUGUUCAUGGACGAGUGCCGUGCCUGCCUGGGGUCCAUUCUUCUUUUUUCCCCAUCAGAGCAAACAGGGCUAAAAUGUCACCUCCUCACGAGGAGAACUCAAGUUAAUGUGACUUCUCAUCCAAAAGACUCAUUUGUGUGGUUGCGUGACCGUGGGAAAGAGAAAAAAGGAAAACAUGCAUUUUUUGUUUGUUUGUUUUUAGGUUUUUCUCAGUCUCCAGCUAAAACCCUGACUGCACAGCCGUCUGUCUUGUGCAGGAAAAGGCAAAAGUCCCUACCGUCGUACACGCAUUGCAGAUCCAUGCUCUGCCAGUGUGUCUUCAGCACGCUGGAAUUUUCUCUCCAGAGUGUGGUAAAUGUUUCUGUUUUAUAAAGGAAAUCGUUAUUGGACCCCCCCAUGGCGGGGGCAUCUCCGUUCCCAAUCAGGGCUUUUAUUCCAUUUCUUUGCAUUUCUGUUGCUGAAGCUCCCGCCUCCCCCGCCACGUCCCUUCUUAUUUUCUCCCCACGAGAGCUCGACCUGAAACUGCUCACUUUACAUUGGAUUUUACGUUUUCUUCCUCCUGGAAAGGAAAAGGGGACAGUGUCCCCCUAACGGGUGAAAUGGAAACCCUCUCCACGCGCUCUGUUCUUGAAUCUCGGUAAACGCGGCCUCUGUCCCACUAGGCCUUCCUUAGUCAUCCGGGUGCGUGGGUGUGUCUUGUCCUGUUCUGUUCUCCAUCAAGUGUGUGAAGCAUGUAUUCAGCCUGUGACCACGGGCCACACCCUGAGCCUUCUGGUAAACCUGAAGAGUGGUCCUUCUCAGUUUCUCUCCCGGCGAUGACCUUACACGCUCAUACUGUGAAUUUGGGAGGAGGUGAACUUGACGUCUCCUCCCGGGCAGUAUUCCCAGUCACCUUGUGAGUAGACACCUGCCAAUCUCCUUUGAACCUUUUUUUUUUUUUCCUCAAUGACACCCUCUUUUCUCUUUCUUUGUUACCCCCUCAGUCCCACAGACUUCCCGCCCACUGGGACCAGGCUCCGGGCCGAGGCCUCUGUCCCCGGUGCUGCCUGACGAGUGAACGGUGGUUUCAAAGAGCGUAGCCUCGUUCCAUUCACAGCCCCGUGUCCCUCCUGAAGUUUCAGGAAGCAGGGUUGUCUGAGGUGCACGUUUCUUCCUAUGGUCGUACUUUACUUUCGUGUCACUCACCUUUGACAAAGGGACUUUGUGCUCCUUUAGGGCUCUGUCCGAAAUGCUUCCAUUUUUGCCUUUUUCUACAGUUAGGCUAAUUUUGAAAUGUAUGAAAUUCUAUGCAACAUUUGUGUUGAGUUACUAAUGGAAGCCAAAAGUUUUCUUCCCAAACUGCCAAGAAUUUUACAGGCCAUCAAUGAAAGGGGAAUACCUUUUAAUUUAAGUGGGUGGGUGGGGUAAGGGUGGGACGAGGAACGAGACUUGCCUAGACCUUUGUUGUAUCUUGGGGACAUUUUUUUAAUUUGAUUGUUGAUGCUUAAACUUCAGAAUUCUGUGUAUUCAAAUUUGAUCAUGGCGAAUCUACUUCAAAAGGAAAAAAAAAAAAUCCAACUUUGUGGAUAUGAAAUGGAAAGUUUGCUGUUUUGAUCUAGUUGUUUCCAGUGGAGCAGUUUAUGAAAUAUGUUCUAUAAGAUGUACAUUUUUUCAUUGUAACAUAGAAAUUGUAAAUAAUUGAUUAAAGUGCUGCAUUUUGAUGAAUUUUUUCUAGCCAUUUUUAAAGAGAAAACUAGGAAUUGAGUAUUUUGUGUACGGUAUGUUUCCCUCCCCCCUUCCCACCCUCCCUCCCUAUUUAAUUUUCAUUUGUCAUGAGGUUUUUGGAUUUGCCAGUGAUCUGCCGGAGAUCAUGCCCCACGUCAUAGAGAAUAAAGCUGAUGAUUGUACCAGUCUUAAAUUAUUCAUGAUUCAAUAAAAUUGAUGCUUAUUUAUUCA